AUGUCGUCAAGUCAUCCCCAUGGACACGAAAGUCCUCAAAGGGUCCUCGUCGUUGGAGCUUCCCGUGGUCUCGGCGCAUCUCUGCUCAAACAGUACACGGAAGGGCCCUCGAGCACCAUCGUCUUCGGCACCGCGAGACAGGGAUCUCCGCCAACGUCUGGUCCGCAGGAUGUUACCUGGCUCCCAAACAUCGACGUCUCAGGUCCAGAAGCCGGUACUUCCAUAGUAGACGGCUACAAGUCUCACAGCAAUUCGCCUAUCGACAUCCUCAUCAUCACUGCCGGCUACUUUGGAAAGGAAAGCUUCGACGCCCCGUCCUACGACGCGCAGGUUUCAAUGUACAAAAUCUCAGCCAUAGCACCCACACUCAUCGUCUCUGCUCUUACCGCUGCAAAUCUUCUCCGCACUGGCAGCAAGGUAAUCCUUGUCUCGAGUGAGAGCGGCAGCAUCACCCUACGGCACGAAAGUGAGGGAGGUGGCAACUUCGGCCACCAUGCCAGCAAGGCCGCGCUGAACAUGGUCGGCAAGCUUCUGAGCAUCGAUCUAAAAGACAAGGGGGUCGCCGUCGGCCUCGUGCAUCCUGGUUUCAUGAGAACCGAAAUGACGAAGAGCGUGGGGUUUGACAAGUUUUGGGAUGACGGUGGUGCUGUCACGCCAGAUGAGGCGGCCCAAUCGUUGGCAGAGUGGAUCGACACGUUUGACAUCUCGAAGACGGGAGAGUAUUGGGCACCCCGGGGCCCUGGUGAUAUUGGGACGGCGGAGCCAGUGCUGGGAUCUAAGGACAAGCUUUCCACACCCCUACAGUUACCGUGGUGA